CAGCGCCUUUCAGUGUGCACAUCUUUCUCGGGGGCCGACUGUGAUCCUCAAUCCCGCUGGCCUCCUAUUGGGCUGCCUUUGUUCUGGCUCUGCCAACUCGUGCGUAUUCGGAUCCACAAGGCGCAUCGUCACCCAUGUGCGGAGAAUACUGUAGGUAUCGUGGGCAGGCUCCUGAAGAGAGAUCUACCUACCAUGCUCUCCCAGACUCUCUCCUAUUGGAAUACCCUAUAUCCUCCUUAGGUAGAAAUACAUACAUAGUACCGCCCCAAUCCAGCCGCCAUCGACCGUUGUCGACCUAUCACGCUAGCGAGCAAGGUCGGUACUUCUAGGUACUGUAGGCUAGCGAGCUAGUACUGUAGCUAGUAUGUAGGUUAGGUACCACUACCCACUACCGUCCCCCAUUGCGCCCCCCCUACCGUGUCACCCUUAGCUCUCUCUCCCUCUCUCUCUGCACAACGCACGCACCCGAGACAAGUCGACUUACCACACUCGUUCUCUGGGACUCGUCGCUUCUCCACGAACUCCACGACUCAAUCUUGUCAUCUCGUCAUCUCGUCGACCCGACCUUUCACAAAGUCCUUCAAAAUGCGACAAGCACGUUCCUGUGCCAACAAGUAAUUUGUUUCUGACUGACAGGGAAGACGACUGUCUGUCUGUCUCACGAGCCUUCUGUCUGGUCGCCCCGGGUUAAAGAGUCAAUCCACGCCUCUUUUCAGCCGGAUAUGACCCCCUCUCCGCGCCCCUCACAGCCGCCGGCGGAUCGAGCGACCUCGUCCCCCAGAUCUCCAUCUAUAGCUCGUCUUGCGAGCCCGUCCGUGCCUGACCUGCCAGACGAUACCGAGAAUGAUGCCGCCACUACUACUCGGGCCACUGAAACUCAAUCCCCACGCGACACGCCCGGCGAUGAUGUUGAAGGCCCUUCCGACUCGUCGUCCCGUCCAGGGGCACCCGUCCCUCUACAGCAGCGCCGCCGUGUAACGCGCGCCUGCGAUGAAUGCCGUCGCAAAAAAAUCAAGUGUGAUGGGAAACAACCUUGCACACACUGCCAGGUUUACAGCUAUGAAUGUACAUAUGAUAAGCCUUCCAAUAGGCGGCGAAACCCAGCGCCACAAUAUAUUGAAGCGCUUGAGAACAAGCUAUCAAGAGCCGAGACGCUGCUUCGCAAGUUCAUGCCUGAUGUUGACCUCAAUGAUCCUAACCUAGAUCCUGCCGUUCAGCAAGAAUUCAGGAUGCGCGAACAGGCGAGACAGAAAGCCGCCGCUGCCCAAAGGAAAGACCAGCCCAAGCCGGGUUCUUCCGAAGGUCAGUUACAGUCUAUGAUAUCCAGUGCUGGUCAACUUGAUCUCAAUGAAAGCGGUGACUACGACUUCCAUGGCACAUCUUCUGGGUCUGUUUUCUUCAAGCAAAUGAAGAAGCAUUUUAAGACCUUGCUGGGGCGAGAUUAUCAGAUCCCUUUCAUGCCACGGCCUCCUCGGCCUGCCGGGGUUACAACUCUCGAUUCCCCUCGGCCAGUACCCAGCUCUCCAUGGUCUACUACUUCCAGCGCUCCCACAUACAACCUUCCCCCGAAAGAGAGAGCACUUGCGCUUUGCUCCGAGUCUCUAGACAAUGCUACUUGCCUGCUACGGAUUGUGCACAAGCCUACUUUUUACAGCAUGCUAGAUAGUUUGUACGAUAAACCUAGUGACGACUUCGGAAUAGAAGACAAGAGGAACUUGGCCCUCGCGUAUGCAGCCAUGGCACUUGGUUGCAUGUAUGAUGUCCCCGAUGGUCGGGUAAUGAAUUCACCGCCCUACAAAAGGUCUACGGACGAAGCUCUUAGCUAUUAUAGCUCCGCUAGAUUUUUAUUACAGGAUAUCACUGAAUGCCGAGACCUCACCUCACUUCAGGCCUUGCUUUUCAUGAUCUUAUUUUUGCAGUCUAUGUCGAACCUGAGCACGUGUUAUGGAUUUGUUGGCAUUGCCCUGCGAUCAGCGCUUCGGAUGGGAUUACAUCGCCAUUUACCAUAUAUCAAGAUGGAUCCUGUCGAAUCUGAAACGAGGCGUAGGGUCUUUUAUAUAUGUCGACAGAUGGAUACCUAUGUAUCUGCACUCCUGGGAUUUCCUUUGUUAUUGAACGACGAUGAUAUCGAUCAGUUGCUUCCAACCGCCGUGGAUGACGAUUUUAUUACGAAAGAAGGGAUUACAACUCCACCAUCUGGUACCCCUUCAUAUAUUGAAGCGUUCAAUGCGCACGUCAAGUUGAUGGAUCUCUUGAGUAAAGUCGUCAAGAAUGUUUACCCCUUAAAGCGAGCGGAUCCAAAAGUAACAGACGAGGAUGAAUCGCAAAGUGCCUCCUACAUGGUUAGCUAUGCACGCGUUAAAGAAAUGGAAGAGGAGCUUCAGCAGUGGAACGAACAACUACCCUUUGCUUGGCGGCCAAGUCCAGAGGGAUCAGUUGAAGUUGUGCGGAUCCGUAAUCUAUUGAGAUUUGCCUACGCCCAUGUCCAGAUGGUUCUUUACAGGCCCUUCCUCCACUACGUCUCUCCGAGAUUCUGUGCUGGCAAGGAUAUUAGUGAACGCGCGUACGCUUGUGGGGCUGCAUACAUCUCAGUCGCCCGUAAUAUUGUGCAUAUUGGCACUGAGAUGCGGAAACAGGUAUCUCUCGUGGGGCCCUAUUGGUUUACGCUCUUUUCGGAAUACUUCGCCAUUAUAUCUUUAGUCUUCUAUGUCUUGGAAAAUCAGAAUAAGCAAGGAUCGAAGGAAAUCCUCGCAGAUGCUAUAGCGGGGAAAAACAUGAUUGGCGAGCUCGCACCGAAGAGUAUGGUUGCAGACCGAAUCUUCAGUUCUUUAGAAGCUCUUUUCAUUCAAUUGCCGGACCAGCUCAAAGAGCUCGACGUGCAGACUGCGCCUUCAAAGAAACGAGCCCGGCCGGGCCUGAAACUCGAGAUUAGUCCGUCGCUCCAGAAAAUCAACUCUCCGUCGUCAUCUCGAGGCGCUACCAAAGGUCCCAGCUUAUCAAAGGCCAUCUCCGCCAAGAUUCAAAAGCGUUCUCCGGCGUUAGCCUCACGCACAGGGUUAUUUGGCGAUGAGAACGGAUCUAGUCCAAGCAUGGACCCAAUGUUCAACUCGUUCCAUUUCCCCUCCCCACAAUUAUCAGCACCUCAGGACCCGAUGACAGGUGCCAGUCUAAGCGGUACUAGCACAGCUAAGGUACCGCUCGGCACGAUAGGGGCGGCCCAACAAAUACAUCGACUCGACGCCAUGAUGUUCCCAUCGGACGAUCCACUGGCUUACCCGAACCAGCCGCGAGUUGACUUUGGAAUCCAUGGGCCCAGUCUGCAUCACGCAAACCCUGGAGAUGUGUUACCGCAUGACCCUUCGUCAUAUUAUGUACCUCAGCUCUAUGACGGUAUCGAGGGCCAGCUAUUAGGCCCCCUUCCGCCGUACUUAAUGCAGCCGCAGGGGAACACAGGUCUCGGGUUCGCGGCACACAUGUACUCGGACCCAAUGCUACCCUCACAUCCCAUGCACCCAUCAAUGCACCGUCCCCAUCCUCAAGGAUUACAAAUGGAGCAAGAGCAACUACGACCACCAAGAGACUAUGACCACAUGCUUGCCCCCUCAUCCUGGCAAGGAAUGUUUCCACAGCAUGGAAUGGAGUGAUAGCAUUGAUUUUCUUACGGUGCAAGAGAUUCCGGUACAAAAGGAGAGAGAGAGAGAGGGAGUGAUAACGAGAGAGGAGACAAAAAGAUACCCACUGCGUACGUCAGACAUACCUGCGAGACCUUGGAAAACUGGGGAUUUAGGGACCGUACUGACGGCAAAAAGACGAAGUUCUCAGGAGAUUUCUGUGUAAAUAUACCACCUGUGACGAUUCAUGAGACAAGAGAGCAUAGAGGCGCAACUUGUAUUUUGGCAAGUAUAUUUUAUACCUAUGUAGUGAAUUAUCAGGUCUAUGAACUGUGGUUUAUGGGGAGGAGAAAUCAAUCUUUCAAGUCAUGCUCAGCGCCUUUGUAUGCUUACGUGGAUGUGAUCAAUGUUCUAUGUAAAUACUUGCCAUGUGAUAUUAUUGUAGGCGACGAAUAUUAGAACAAUUAUCUGUAAAGCAUGC